AAUUCUGUUUUGUUUAAAAUUAAGUGAUUGGGCCAGCUCCUUCGCACCUGGCAACUGGCAAAGUUAGGGUCCUGGCUACUUUCUUGAAAUGUUUUGAAGGCCUGGUCCAUAACACAACCAUACAGAGUGUUGGUGUCGCCAUAACUGGAGUACUGUAUGCAGUUUUGGUCCCCAUAUUCAAAAAAUGGAUAUUCUGGUAUUGGACACGGUUCCAAAGAUAAUCACUAGGCUGAAUUGUAGGAUUAAGGACUUGAGUUAUCAAGAAUGGCUAAAGAGGUUAAGCCUUUAUUUGUAAGAGAUCAGCAGAAUAAGGGGUGAUCUUAUUAAAACUGAACAAAAAUUCUGAGGGGGCUUGACAGGGUGGAUGUCAGAGUAGAAACAGGAAAGCUUAUGGUAGACACUGAGGGUUCAAAACAGAAGAAACCCGAGAGGAGUUUAGAACGUACAGGAGGUUAUUUGAAAAAUAAAUUAGGAGGGUGAAAAGGAGUUAUGAGAAUAUACUGGCAGGAAAAGUAAAGGAAAAUCCAAAUGCAUUUUAUAAGUACAUUCGGCGAAAGAGAUAACCAAGGAAUGGAUAGGGCAUACUCAGGACCUAAGUGGCAAUGUGUUCGGAGCCAGAACACACGGAUGAGGUUUUAAAUGAUUUUCAGCUCUCUCUCUACCAGGUUUUGCUCACUCACUCAACCUAUAUGGAUCCCUGUAUGUCCUCUUCACAGCGUGCCCUCCCACCUGUUUUUAUAUAAUCAGCACAUUUGGAAAUGUUACACUCUGAUCCCCUCUUUCAAGUCAUUGGAAUAAUUAGUUUGUAAUGAGAACCUAGAGUUGAUCCUUGUGGCAGUCCACAAGUUAUGCUUUCCAACCUGAAAAAAGAACAUUAAUUAUUCAAGAACGGUGGCAGGGAUAAAUCGGGGAACUAUAGGUCAUUGAGUGUAACAUCAGUGAAUGAUGAAUUAUUUAUUUAUUGUCACUUGUAUUUAACAAAUAAAUACAGUGGAAAGUGUUAAAUGUCAUCAUGCUCCGACACUAUUUUGAGUUCACAAAAAUAAAGAUAUAUCUAAAAUAUAACUAAAAAAGAGUUCUUCCUCCCUUGUACUCUGCUCACCAUCAUGUGGGAUCUCUCCACAACGGGCUCCAUGUCCACCAACGCCCCCACAUCACAAUCCAUUCCAGAAUCCCGCUUCGGGGUCACCCCUGCCAUUAUCAUUCCAUCAUCAAAAGUAUCAUACCUGGCCUACCACGCCACUGCUUAUGCAACUCCCAUUCCCAUCACUCCACCAGAAGUACCAAUUCGGGCCUACUGCAUUGCUGCAAUUGACUGAUACCGACUGCAGAUUUCGGCUUCUCCACCAACUACAGAGACUGCCCUACUGUCAUUGCCAUCUUGAAAACCGAUGCCACUGCCAUGGCCUCGAGUCCUGCGCUGGGCCCACCAAUGUCAAAGUUGCCAUGCUUCAGCAAGUGUGGACCUCUUGCUGCUAGGUCCACACUUGCUGCCAUAGCAAGAUGUCCAAGUGCUCGCUGUCCCCUGUGCUGGGUUAUUCUCCCGAGGAGCUGAGCCCUGCCACCACUGCUGCACAUGUUCAAGUGGCUGGUCAGGUUUUGCCCUGCCAAAGAUACUGAAAAGGCCUCUAAAGAGAUAAAAAAAGAUAAAAUAGAGGAAAAGAAAACAGCAAAAGCAAAGAAACAGAAAAAGAGAAAAGAAAGAAGCAAAGAACGCAGAUGGAAGCACUUGAGCUCCUGGCCUGGAGCUUGGACUCAGCGCCAAUACUCCAUCAUCAUCUUGGAUCAAGACCAAUUGAAUUCUACAGCACUUCAACACCAGCCCAGAAGAAUAUACUGUCAUUUUUACAUCCGGAAGUACAGCUGCUCUUAAACUUGUUGCAGAAAGUUUUCAGUGGACCUGCACAGAGCCAGGAGGCACAAGUCAGUUUUGUUACCUAACUGACAAUCAUACAUCUGUCGUUGGUAUGAGAGGAUUGUCUGCUUUAGUUGGUGCUCUAACUGUUCCAGUCAACCACUCUGAAAUUUAUGAGUAUAAAAACAGUCUCAACAAGGACAAUGCAAUGUGCAAGGAAGAAAAUUGUCACAUUCCUCAUCUCUUCUGUUAUCCUGCUCAAAGCAACUUUUCAGGGACAAAAUACCCACUUACUUGGAUAAGAGAUAUUAAAUCAAAAAAGCUGUAUCCUUUUAGCAAAGUCCCAGGAAAAUGGUAUGUGUUGCUAGAUGCAGCCUCGUUUGUGAGCACCUCGCCACUUGAUCUCAGCGUACAUCAAGCAGACUUCAUCCCCAUUUCUUUUUAUAAAAUAUUUGGGUUUCCAACAGGUUUAGGAGCCCUGUUGGUGAAGAAUAAAAGUGUUCAUAUGCUGAAAAAGAGAUAUUUUGGAGGAGGAACGGCAGCUUCUUAUUUGUCAGGAGAAGAUUUCUAUGUUCCUAAGCAGUCAUUAAGUGACAGGUUUGAAGAUGGCACAAUUUCUUUCCUUGAUAUAAUAGCAAUAAAUCAUGGAUUUGAUGCACUGGAUAAAUUUACAGGUGGAAUGCAAAAUAUUAUGCUUCAUACAUUUAGUUUGGCCCGUUAUACAUACAUAAUACUCUCUGGAAUGUGCCAUGCUAAUGGAACACCAGUUGCUCGGAUAUACAGUGAUAAUAAAUUUGAAACUCCAGAUGCUCAAGGACCUAUUAUUAAUCUAAAUGUGCUUGAUGAGGAAGGCGGAAUAGUUGGAUAUGCCAAGGUGGACAAACUGGCAAAUUUGUACAACAUCCAUCUUCGCACUGGCUGCUUUUGUAACACUGGAGGCUGUCAGCAACACCUCGGAAUUAGUAAUGAAGAUGUCAAAAUGAAUCUAAAGGCAGGUCAUGUCUGUGGAGAUUCUUUGGAUUUGAUUGACGGCCGCCCCACCGGAUCAGUCCGAAUAUCCUUUGGCUACAUGUCUACAUUUGAUGAUGCACAAAAAUUUUUAAAAUUUAUUCUUGGUUGUUUCGUUAAGCAGCCAGUUUGCUUUGACAAAGGCACUUUGUCCAUGCUUGAAAGGUGUGGAACAAUGACAAGACGUGAUGAAUCGUGGGCAGGACAUUGCACAGAUGAAACAACAAACAAAAUCUCUUCAGAAAUUGCUGCAGCACAAAAUUCUGCCAGAAUUGAGAUUCCCCUAUCUCAGAACUCUUCAGAUAAUCAGCUCAAGUUGGUUGAAAACCAAGAAACUUCCAAAUUAAUCGACGGCAGUAAGUCAGUCACACUCACCAACAUCUACUUAUACCCAAUCAAGUCUUGUGCUGCUGUUGAGGUUAAGAAGUGGCCUAUUGGAAAGCAUGGCUUAUUAUAUGAUCGUACCUGGAUGAUUGUCAACCAAAACGCUGUCUGUCUUAGCCAAAAGCAGGAGCCCAGACUAUGUUUGAUUCAUCCACACAUUGACUUAGAGCAAGGGAUCAUGACCAUCAGUGCAGAAGGAAUGGAUCCCAUAGUCGUGCCUCUAAAAGGAGAAGAUAGAAAAGAAUUUUCACUUCAAUUCUGUCAAACCCGAGUCUGUGGAGACAGAGUAAAAGGAUUGGACUGUGGGAAAAAUGUUGCAAAUUGGAUCUCCACAUUUCUUGGACGGCAAAGUUUUCUGAUCAGACAGAGUUCCAGUUUUCACAGAGCCUUGAAAAAGCAGCACACACAAGUUCAAGACCAAGCUUUGAAUGAAUCACCGUGCCUUUCAUUAGUGAAUGAAGCUCAAUAUCUUCUCAUAAACAUGGCAAGCAUUCUACACAUCAAAGAACAAUUAUUACAUCGAGAUGGAACAAGUGUUUCUAAUUCUCCUGAAGUAUUAACAACUGAAGAGCUAAUCCAUCGUUUUCGUGCCAACCUUGUGAUAAGUGCAUUGAGGCCAUAUGAAGAAGAUGACUGGGCUGAAAUAGGUAUAGAUGGUGUAUCUUUCCAGAUUGUAGGACUGUGCAACAGAUGCCAAAUGAUUUGCAUUAAUCAAGUGAAUGGAAAAAGAAGCACUGAACCCCUGCAGAUUCUAUAUUCAUCCAGGAACAGAAAGAUGACCUUUGGUGUAUACCUGUUUCAUCAGCUACCAGCAGCCGAAGGGCAUUGUGCAACCCUGACUGUAGGAUCUCAGGUCUGUGUGAGAAAAGAAAAAAGAACUACUCCUCCUCCUGCUGUCCAGUGACAUUCUCUGCAGCUUCCAUAGACAAGAAUAUGAGUGUAUUUGGUGUGAAUGCUUCAGUAUAACUUUGAUGAUGUUAUGAAUUAAUGUUCUACUCAGCGUUCUCCAAUGUAAAGCCUAUGUUAAUUCCAGUUUACUGGAAUUUCAAACUAGUACUGCACUAUUUCCUGAUUUAAAAAUGAAAAUACAAUUGUUUGUAACUGUGAAUGAAGUCCUUAAAAAUAGGAAUUGUCCAAAUGAAUCCAAAUGCUAAGUUAUUUCAGUUUUUCUUUGUACUUGAUAUAUUCUACUAUAUUUUUUAUAUAGUAGCAAAUUAUUUUCAAGAAUUUAUACAGAUCAAUUAAUAUCUAUUGAUUUUUAGAGUAUACUAUUCAUUAUUCUCAAAGAUUUUGUUUUAAUUCCUGUCCCUCACUGUUAAAAUCAUUAAAUCUUAAAGAUAUUGGUUAAAUGAUUCCAUGUAUGCAACACUCGAGAUAUUAUUGUGAUCAGCUGAUUCAUUGGUAUAUACAAACAUUAUGUCAAUCUUCUAUAGUUGUUAAACAAGAAAUUAUGACAAUUGCCCAAACCUCACCCACAAUUUAUGGAUGUGCACUGAUCUUUGGUGAAUCUCCUUGCUAGCUUUGUAUCAAAACCAUAAGAUAUAGACGCAGAAUAAGGUCAUUCAGCCCAUCAGAUCUGUUCCACCAGUUUAUCAUAUUUCUCAACCCCAUUCUUCUGUCUUUUUCUCGUAAUCUUUCGUCCCUUUACUAAUUACGAACCUAUCUCUGCCUUAAAUAUACUGAAUGACUUCGUCUCCACAGCCUUCAGUGGCAAUGAGCUGCACGGAUUCACUACCCUCUGGCUGAAGAAAUUCCUCCUCAACUCAAUGCUGUAGGAUUGUCCCUUCACCCUGAAACUGUGACCUACAUUUAGACCAGUACUUUUUAAAUAGUUUGAAUUUUGUUGAAACUAAUUUCACUUGAUUAAUCUCACCUCAGCAACACUGAAGAUGCUGCAACUGACUUCAGUACUUAUUGCCAAGGUGCAAAAUUCAAAUAGAGAUGUAUAAUUUUGCAUUUAGCCAUUUUCCAGCUGAAUGGCCUGACACUCACUGUCUAGUUAUGGGUUGACAAAGGGUUCAGACAGAGUUUCACCUCAGGGUGGCACGGUGGCUUAGUGGUUAGCAUUGCUCCCUCACAGGACCUGGGUUCAGUUCCAACCUUGGAUGAAU